AUGUUGGGCACUGUGUCCAUUCUCCAACAAUUUGCGAAUGGCUUGAAGAGUCGCAGUGAAGAGACAAGGGCAAAAGCUGCCAAGGACUUGCAGCAUUAUGUCACCAUGGAGCUUCGCGAAAUGAGUCAGGAAGAAUCUACCAGGUUUUAUGAUCAGCUGAACCAUCACAUAUUUGAGCUGGUCUCUAGCUCUGAUGCAAAUGAAAGGAAGGGUGGCAUUCUGGCUAUAGCGAGCCUUAUUGGUGUUGAAGGAGGUAAUUCCACCCGUAUCGGCAGGUUUGCCAACUACCUGAGGAACCUCUUGCCAUCCAAUGACCCUGUUGUAAUGGAGAUGGCAUCCAAGGCUAUUGGGCGACUUGCAAUGGCUGGUGACACCUUCACAGCUGAGUAUGUGGAAUUCGAGGUGAAACGAGCUCUGGAAUGGCUGGGAGCUGACAGGAAUGAAAGUCGAAGACAUGCAGCUGUUCUUGUCCUGCGUGAGCUGGCAAUCAGUGUGCCUACCUUCUUCUUCCAACAAGUGCAGCCAUUCUUUGACAAUAUAUUUGUGGCUGUGUGGGAUCCCAAACAGGCCAUCCGAGAGGGAGCUGUUUCUGCCUUAAGAGCCUGCCUUAUUCUCACCACUCAGCGGGAGCCAAAAGAAAUGCAGAAGCCCCAGUGGUACAGACAUACAUAUGAAGAGGCUGAGAAGGGCUUUGAUGAGACUUUGGCCAAAGAGAAAGGAAUGAACCGUGAUGACCGAAUCCAUGGUGCCUUACUGAUCCUCAAUGAGCUCGUGAGAAUCAGCAGUAUGGAGGGAGAGCGCCUUAGAGAGGAGAUGGAAGAGAUCACUCAGCAGCAGCUUGUGCAUGACAAGUACUGCAAAGACCUGAUGGGCUUCAGUACAAAACCUCGUCACAUCACUCCCUUCACUAGCUUCCAGUCUCUUCAGCCCUCUCAGUCAAAUGCUUUGGCUGGUCUUCUGGGGUACAGUGCCCACCAAGGGAUCAUGGGUUUCACAACUUCACCUGUCCCGGCAAAGUCUACAUUGGUAGAAAGUCGAUGCUGCAGAGACUUAAUGGAAGAGAAGUUUGAUCAAGUGUGCCAGUGGGUUCUCAAGUGCAGAACCAGCAAAAAUUCUUUGAUCCAGAUGACGGUUCUCAAUCUGCUACCACGGUUGGCAGCUUUCCGUCCUUCAGCAUUCACAGCUGACCAGUAUCUUCCAGACACCAUGAAUCAUGUUCUCAGCUGUGUGAAGAAGGAGAAGGAGCGAACAGCAGCAUUCCAGGCAUUGGGUUUGCUUUCUGUGGCUGUGAGGUCUGAGUUUCAAGCUUACCUGCCAAAAGUCCUUGAAAUCAUAAAAGCAGCUCUUCCACCAAAAGACUUUGCCCACAAGAGACAGAAGUCUGUACAGGUUGAUGCUACCGUCUUCACCUGUAUUAGUAUGCUGGCACGAGCCAUGGGACCCAGUAUCCAGCAGGACAUCAAAGAGCUUUUGGAACCCAUGCUGGCUGUGGGCCUGAGCCCUGCUCUAACAGCUGUACUGUAUGACUUGAGUCGUCAGAUCCCCCAGCUAAAGAAAGAUAUCCAGGAUGGCCUGCUGAAAAUGCUCUCCCUUGUUCUAAUGCACAAGCCUCUGCGACAUCCAGGCAUGCCAAAGGGCCUUGCCCAUCAGCUUGCUUCCCCUAGCCUCACCAACAUCCCAGAGGCCAGUGAUGUGGGUAGCAUCACCCUUGCCCUUCGUACGCUGGGCAGCUUUGAGUUUGAAGGCCACUCUUUGACUCAGUUUGUUCGGCACUGUGCAGACCACUUUCUGAACAGCGAACACAAGGAGAUCCGGAUGGAAGCAGCCCGCACUUGCUCUCGCUUGCUCACACCUUCCAUCCACUUGAUCAGUGGUCAUGCCCAUGUUGUCAGUCAGACAGCAGUGCAGGUUGUGGCUGAUGUUCUCAGCAAACUGCUUGUUGUUGGAAUAACCGACCCAGACCCCGAUAUACGUUUCUGUGUGUUGGCUUCCCUGGAUGAGCGAUUUGAUGCUCACCUUGCCCAGGCAGAAAAUUUGCAAGCUCUUUUUGUGGCCCUGAAUGAUCAAGUAUUUGAAAUCCGAGAGCUGGCCAUCUGUACUGUGGGUCGUCUCAGCAGCAUGAACCCUGCUUUUGUUAUGCCUUUCCUGCGCAAGAUGUUAAUCCAGAUUCUAACAGAGCUGGAGCACAGCGGUGUUGGCAGGAUUAAAGAACAAAGCGCCAGGAUGUUGGGUCACCUGGUUUCUAAUGCUCCACGCCUCAUUCGUCCAUAUAUGGAGCCUAUCCUUAAGGCAUUGAUUGUGAAACUGAAAGACCCUGAUCCAGAUCCAAAUCCAGGGGUGAUUAACAACGUCUUGGCUACCAUAGGGGAGCUUGCACAGGUCAGUGGGCUGGAGAUGAGGAAGUGGGUGGAUGAGCUCUUCAUUAUAAUUAUGGACAUGCUACAGGACUCCUCCCUGCUGGCUAAAAGACAAGUGGCUCUUUGGACACUGGGUCAGCUUGUGGCCAGCACCGGUUAUGUGGUAGAACCUUACAGGAAGUACCCAACUCUACUGGAGGUGCUUCUGAACUUCCUGAAGACUGAGCAGAACCAGGGCACUCGUAGAGAGGCUAUUCGCGUGUUAGGGUUGCUGGGUGCUUUGGACCCUUACAAACACAAAGUGAACAUUGGCAUGAUUGAUCAGUCACGAGAUGCUUCAGCUGUCAGCCUCUCAGAGUCCAAAUCCAGCCAGGAUUCUUCGGACUACAGUACCAGUGAAAUGUUGGUGAACAUGGGAAACCUCCCUCUGGAUGAGUUCUAUCCAGCUGUCUCUAUGGUGGCGCUGAUGAGAAUUUUCCGAGACCAAUCUUUGUCCCAACACCACACUAUGGUAGUUCAGGCCAUCACCUUUAUUUUCAAAUCUCUUGGGCUGAAGUGUGUACAGUUUCUGCCCCAGGUCAUGCCAACGUUCCUUAAUGUAAUACGGGUUUGUGAUGGUGCCAUCCGAGAGUUCCUGUUCCAGCAGCUGGGGAUGUUGGUGUCCUUUGUGAGAAGUCAUAUCCGGCCCUAUAUGGAUGAAAUUGUCACCCUGAUGAGAGAUUUCUGGGUCAUGAACAACUCUAUACAGAGCACGAUUAUCCUUCUUAUCGAGCAGAUUGUGGUAGCUCUAGGAGGCGAAUUCAAACUUUAUCUGCCUCAGCUCAUUCCUCACAUGUUACGGGUCUUCAUGCAUGACAAUAGUCAGAGUCGCAUUGUCUCUGUCAAGCUAUUGAAUGCGAUCCAGCUCUUCGGAGCUAACUUGGAUGACUACCUUCAUUUGUUACUACCUCCCAUUGUAAAGCUGUUUGAUGCCCCAGAUGUCCCAGUUGUGGCUCGCAAAGCUGCUCUAGAAACAGUGGACCGCUUGACAGAGUCCCUGGAUUUCACUGAUUAUGCUUCACGUAUUAUUCAUCCCAUCGUGCGAACACUAGAUCAAAGCCCUGAGCUACGAACAACUGCAAUGGACACCCUCUCCUCUCUGGUGUUCCAGCUGGGAAAGAAGUACCAGAUUUUUAUCCCAAUGGUGAACAAAGUUCUGGUGCGACACAGAAUUAACCAUCAACGCUAUGAUGUUCUUAUCUGCAGAAUUGUAAAGGGCUAUACUCUUGCUGAUGAAGAGGAGGAUCCUCUGAUUUAUCAGCACCGAAUGUUGAGAAGCAACCAGGGAGAAACUCUGGCCAGUGGUCCUGUGGAAACAGGUCCCAUGAAGAAAUUGCACGUUAGCACCAUCAACCUGCAGAAGGCCUGGGGAGCAGCAAGAAGAGUUUCCAAAGAUGACUGGUUGGAAUGGUUAAGAAGACUGAGUUUGGAGCUGCUGAAAGAUUCAUCCUCACCGUCCUUGCGCUCAUGCUGGGCCCUGGCUCAGGCAUAUAAUCCCAUGGCUCGAGAUCUCUUCAAUGCUGCUUUUGUUUCAUGCUGGUCUGAACUGAAUGAAGACCAGCAGGAUGAGCUGAUCCGAAGCAUUGAGUUGGCCCUGACUUCUCAGGACAUUGCAGAAGUCACUCAGACACUGCUGAACUUGGCAGAAUUCAUGGAACACAGUGACAAGGGUCCACUGCCUUUGAGAGAUGAUAAUGGCAUUGUCCUCCUGGGAGAGAGAGCUGCAAAAUGUCGAGCAUAUGCCAAGGCCCUUCACUACAAGGAGCUGGAAUUUCAAAAGGGUCCCACCCCAGCCAUUCUGGAGUCUCUCAUCAGCAUUAAUAAUAAACUGCAACAGCCAGAGGCAGCUGCUGGGGUACUGGAAUAUGCCAUGAAGCACUUUGGGGAGCUGGAAAUUCAGGCUACCUGGUAUGAAAAGCUUCAUGAAUGGGAAGAUGCUCUGGUGGCUUAUGACAAGAAGAUGGACACAAACAAAGAUGAUCCUGAGCUGAUGCUGGGACGGAUGCGUUGCUUGGAGGCACUUGGUGAAUGGGGGCAGCUCCACCAGCAAUGCUGUGAAAAGUGGACACAGGUCAAUGAUGAAACUCAAGCUAAGAUGGCUAGGAUGGCUGCUGCUGCUGCCUGGGGUCUAGGUCAGUGGGAUAGCAUGGAAGAAUACACCUGCAUGAUCCCAAGGGACACCCACGAUGGUGCUUUCUACAGGGCUGUUCUGGCUCUUCAUCAGGACCUUUUCUCACUGGCUCAGCAGUGCAUUGACAAAGCCAGAGAUCUGCUGGAUGCUGAGCUGACUGCCAUGGCGGGAGAGAGCUACAGUCGAGCCUAUGGGGCUAUGGUAUCCUGCCAGAUGCUGUCAGAGCUGGAAGAGGUUAUCCAGUAUAAACUUGUACCAGAGCGCCGUGAGAUCAUCCGCCAGAUCUGGUGGGAAAGACUGCAGGGCUGUCAACGAAUUGUGGAAGACUGGCAAAGAAUACUGAUGGUCCGAUCUCUUGUUGUGAAUCCCCAUGAAGACAUGAGAACUUGGCUCAAAUAUGCCAGCCUGUGUGGCAAGAGUGGGAGACUGGCUUUGGCCCAUAAGACACUUGUCCUGCUCUUAGGAGUAGAUCCAUCUCGACAGCUGGAUCACCCACUGCCAACAGUACAUCCCCAAGUGACUUAUGCAUACAUGAAACAUAUGUGGAAGAGCGCCCGUAAGAUCGAUGCGUUCCAGCACAUGCAGCACUUUGUGCAGACGAUGCAGCAGCAGGCACAGCAUGCUAUUGCCACUGAGGACCAGCAGCACAAGCAGGAACUCCACAAGCUCAUGGCACGGUGUUUCCUGAAGCUGGGCGAGUGGCAGCUGAACCUGCAAGGCAUCAAUGAGAGUACCAUCCCCAAAGUCUUGCAGUACUACAGUGCUGCAACAGAGCAUGAUCGCAACUGGUACAAGGCCUGGCAUGCCUGGGCAGUGAUGAACUUUGAAGCAGUGCUUCACUACAAACAUCAAAACCAGGCCAGAGAUGAGAAGAAGAAACUCCGUCAUGCCAGUGGAGCCAGCAUCACCAGUGCUAACACUGAGGGCAGCAAUAGUGAGAGUGAUGCAGAGAGCACAGAGAACAGUCCCAUCCCCUCUCCAGUGCAGAAAAAAGUCACUGAGGUACCCUCCUUCCCUGGUUAUGUUGAAUCCAUAUCUCUGUCUCGGGGAAACAACCUACAAGACACUCUGAGGGUCCUUACUCUGUGGUUUGACUAUGGUCACUGGCCUGAUGUGAAUGAGGCUUUGGUAGAAGGAGUCAAGGCAAUCCAAAUAGACACUUGGCUGCAGGUUAUCCCUCAGCUGAUCGCGAGAAUUGACACCCCUCGGCCAUUAGUAGGACGUCUCAUUCAUCAGCUCCUCACAGAUAUUGGACGGUACCAUCCCCAGGCCUUGAUCUAUCCUUUGACUGUGGCUUCUAAAUCUACAACCACUGCUCGUCACAAUGCUGCGAAUAAGAUCUUGAAGAACAUGUGUGAGCACAGUAACACCCUGGUGCAGCAGGCAAUGAUGGUGAGUGAAGAGCUAAUCCGUGUAGCCAUCCUAUGGCAUGAGAUGUGGCACGAAGGUUUGGAGGAAGCAUCUCGUCUAUACUUUGGAGAAAGGAAUGUGAAGGGAAUGUUUGAGGUGCUGGAACCACUUCAUGCCAUGAUGGAGCGUGGGCCUCAGACUUUAAAAGAGACAUCUUUCAAUCAGGCCUAUGGCAGAGAUCUAAUGGAAGCUCAGGAGUGGUGCAGAAAGUACAUGAAAUCAGGAAAUGUCAAAGACCUAACUCAGGCUUGGGAUCUCUAUUACCAUGUGUUCCGGCGUAUCUCAAAGCAGCUGCCUCAGCUCACCUCUUUGGAACUACAGUAUGUGUCACCAAAACUCUUAAUGUGCCGGGACCUGGAAUUGGCAGUGCCAGGAACGUAUGAUCCCAACCAGCCCAUCAUACGCAUUCAGUCCAUUGCGCCCUCACUGCAGGUCAUCACCUCCAAGCAGCGGCCCAGGAAGUUAACAUUAAUGGGAAGCAAUGGACAUGAGUUUGUAUUCCUUCUGAAAGGUCAUGAAGACCUUCGCCAAGAUGAGAGAGUGAUGCAGCUUUUUGGGUUGGUAAAUACUCUGCUAGCAAAUGACCCAACUUCUCUUCGGAAAAACCUCAGCAUCCAGAGAUAUGCUGUUAUUCCACUGUCUACAAAUUCAGGCUUAAUUGGUUGGGUCCCCCACUGUGACACACUGCAUGCACUCAUCCGAGACUACAGAGAGAAGAAAAAGAUCCUGCUCAACAUUGAACAUCGCAUCAUGCUGAGGAUGGCUCCAGAUUACGACCACCUGACUCUGAUGCAGAAAGUAGAAGUAUUUGAACAUGCUGUCAACAACACAGCUGGUGAUGACCUUGCCAAACUGCUGUGGCUGAAAAGUCCGAGCUCAGAGGUGUGGUUUGACAGAAGAACAAACUACACUCGUUCACUAGCUGUGAUGUCAAUGGUUGGGUACAUUUUGGGCCUUGGGGACAGACACCCCUCCAAUCUGAUGUUAGACAGACUGAGUGGAAAGAUCCUGCAUAUCGACUUUGGGGACUGUUUUGAGGUUGCCAUGACAAGAGAAAAGUUCCCUGAGAAGAUUCCAUUUAGGUUAACAAGGAUGCUGACAAAUGCUAUGGAGGUGACGGGCCUCGAUGGCAAUUACCGAAUCACCUGUCACACGGUGAUGGAAGUCCUGCGCGAACACAAGGACAGUGUCAUGGCUGUGCUUGAAGCCUUUGUGUAUGAUCCGUUAUUGAACUGGAGGCUAAUGGACACAAAUACAAAGGGCAAUAAGCGCUCACGAACAAGAACAGACUCCUACUCAGCUAGUCAGUCCGUAGAAAUGUUGGACAGUGUGGAAUUGGGUGAGACAGCCCAUAAGAAAACUGGGACCACAGUGCCUGAAUCUAUCCAUUCCUUCAUAGGAGAUGGUCUAGUGAAGCCAGAAGCUCUAAAUAAGAAGGCAAUUCAAAUCAUCAACAGGGUUCGAGAUAAGCUCACUGGUCGAGACUUCUCUCAUGAUGAAACUCUUGAUGUACCCACACAAGUGGAAUUGCUCAUUAAGCAAGCUACUUCUCAUGAGAAUCUGUGCCAGUGCUACAUUGGAUGGUGUCCUUUCUGGUAACAGAAGAUUCCAAAUUAUCCACAGCCUUUUAUUCUGGAGGCUUUUGCACUCCAAACUUGCUCUUCUACAAACACAAACUGGACUGAAAUACAGCCUUUGUCAAAUAUUUUGAAAUGUAAAUGAAAAGAGUUAUUGUAUAUUGAAAGUUGGUUUAAACCAAUGUAUAGCUGCUGUUGAAAAAAACCACGAGCUGUCUGAAACACAACGCUUGAUUUGGGUUUCCAGGACAGAGAAGACUGAUUGUACCACAGAUGUCUAUGGUUCCACUUGGUCUUUGGGGAACUGGUGAUCCAUUGAAAAUAACUGUAUACGGGUUUUGACUUCCUUUGCAAUGUAACUAAGUCAUUUGCAGACUCAUUAUUACCCUGGUCAGUCCUAUUGGUGUGGCUGCAGUGAGCUCAAUGCACUUGUGCAGGAAGCCUCAUUUAGGUUUUGGGGCGAGCUGGAUAAGUUGGAAAGAGAGAAGCAGAAUUUUACCAUUGUUUCAUCCUAGUACCUUGUUUUCAAACUCGAUUUUUGC